AAUCUCAUGCAAUACUUAGUCAUCUAAUUAAAUAGUGGACGCAGGUGUUCUCGGUUGCCAGGCAACCGCCGGACAACGACAGCCCUGUCUCCAAGCGUGUGGUCGCCAAGUGGAAAAUCUAGAGUUGAGUGAUAAAAUAAUAUAAAAAAUUGAAAUGGACCGAUACCGACGCCAGGUUAGACUCCGUCGUGACAGUGGCUUCCCCAAAAAAAGAGACACUCCACUGAAACCGACACGCUGGAGGCGAGACCGAAAUAGGAGACUUCUUCCGAACAAACAUUUUGACACUUUAGUGGAGGAAUGUGAAGAUGGUGGCACGAGUUUCUCCACAGGUCGACGCGCAGGCGCAGUGUUGGCCAACACUGCGCCUCUCCAUCGCGUUUCAGUGUCAUGCUUUAAACCUUGUAAAAAAACUGCAACUCCUAUUAACCGUCAAAAAAUUUUGCAAACAAGCAAUGCAAGCAAUAAAGCUUCUCCAAUACUUCAGUCUUUUGGAGCUGGAGACACUCCAGAAAGUGUCACAUCUUUUGUCAUGGAAACAAGCUCAACGUCUAACUCAGAGGAGCAUGGCGACAGCAGAUCCUCCUCUACCUCGACAAACCUAAGCAGUUAUCCCUCCCCAGAGAUUUUCAGAAGAGAAGCAGUGGAAACACAGACUUUCCUUAAUGGAGAGGAGAUGCUUGGGAUUAUCUGUAAUGUUAAAAACUCUACCCUGCUGGAUGAAAGCCAUUCAAAGAGCAUCCACACGUAUCAUCCACCCAACAUGUCCACUAUUAUAGAUGUAUCCACACACGUUGCUGAAAAGAACAGUGAGAGCAGCUACCAGAAGGAAACUCACACUGAAAAUAAAUCUCAGGAGAUGAAACCUGCACAAGAUUUUGUUGGGAGAAGGCCCAUAGUGUGCAGAAAAAGGGUAUCAUUCAAAAGCCCGGUCAUUUCUGAGCCUCUGAAAGAAAAACAUGCUCCAUCACCUUCAGGCAUAAAUGACACCAUCCGGAAACUAUCCCGAGUUUCUGAGCGGACGAAACCAGAUGCACAGACGCCCAAAAUGGAUGAAAUCAGCUCUAAAAAAGAAAUAACGGUGACCCCAAAAAGGCCUGUUGAGACUGAGAAAACCAUGUUCUUUGACUUUACCAGCAACGCUGACAUGGAUGCUCUCUUUCAGAACAUGAGAGAUAGAAGUGCAAAACUUAGGUGCUCAUUUUAUUUUCCUUUUACUGUAGGCACCCAAAGCCCUCUGCGUAAUAAAAGCAGAUCUGAGUUAACCUGAAGUUAACUCUGAUACUACAGUGUACAGUUGCACAACAUAGUUUUUGCCUAAAUGACAAUAUAAAAACAUGAUUGGAACGAACAUGCUCUCUGUGAGAAAUGACUCUGACUUUAGAAGACAUGGAUAAAUUAAUAAAACAAAUACAAUGGCAAAUAAAGAGAACUAGCUCAUAAAUUAGUUUGAUAUAAAACAUGAAUGCCUUCAAAACAGUAAAUGUUUGUAUUUUCUUUUUCAGUAUAGGACAUCAAGAAAAUAAACAUACUAAUAAGAGUUUUUAAACCUUAUAAAACUAUACAAGAUGUGGGUAUAUUUUAAUAUGUAAUGUGUGUUUCUAUAGCUUUGUUUCUUCUGUAACCUCUUUUAAUGUAUCUGCAUAUUAUAUAAAGCAAAAACAAUGUUAGAGCCUGUAUUUUUAAUGUUUGCAUGUAAUCCAAAUGUGUUGUGAAUGUUGAACACUAGGUGGCGCAUCUGUAUCAGUUUUCUUGUCCUCUUUAAAAAAUAAAAAUAAAUAUAACACGUGUUAAACGUA